UUCCCCCCUCCAUCCCGUAUUCCAUCUCCGGAGGAAUCUGAGGGUGACUGGGGCUUCGAGCGUCCCCCAAAUAUUCGGGGAUCACACCGUACCAGACGAGCGAUGGAAACCCCCAGGAACCUGCUGGCUCUGGCCGCCGUCUUCGCUCUCACACUUUCUCCUAUCCUGGCCAUUGAAGUUUUCACUGACCGGGAGAUCCAUGGCACCGUCGGGUCAAAGGUCCAUCUGUCCUGCACAUUCUGGUCCAGUGAAUGGAUCUCAGACGACAUCUCGGUGAGCUGGCACUACCAGCCUGACAACAGCCGGAGCACAUAUUCGAUAUUCCACUACUCCAAGGGAGAGGCCCAUUUAGACGAAACGGGCAACUUCAAAGACCGCAUCGAGUGGGUCGGAUAUCCAAGAAGCAAAGAUGGAUCCAUCGCCAUCCUUAACCUGGACUACAGUGACAAUGGGACAUUCACCUGUGACGUGAAGAACCCUCCGGAUGUGGUGGGGAAGUCUUCCUAUGUCCACCUGCUUGUCUUUGACAAACCUCCAGUCCGUGCCGGGAUGGUCCUUGGUAUCAUCAUCGGAGCCGCGCUGCUCCUGGUCAUCAUUGUGGCCCUCCUGGUGUACCUCAUCCGUUACUGCUGGCUGAGACGACAGAUCCGAGUACAGAGGGAGCUCAGUGCCCUGGAACGAGGAAAACUGCACAAGCUAUCGAAAGGCUCCAAAGGCUCACGACAGGCCCCGCUCCUCUCCAUGCUGGACCAGACCCGCGGCUUCAAAUCCGCCAGCGACAAGAAAUCCAAAGGCCUGGGCGACUCCCGCAAGGAUAGGAAAUAGCAAUUAGCCGGCAGGGAAGGUACACAAAAGGCAGACGACGACUCCCCCCGCAGCUCUAAGGUGAUCUACACCAUCGAGAUGGAACUGAGGGGGGACGAAGGUGGGGACAAGCCCCACCGAGCCGCUGUGAAGUCUCCUAGCAAAAACAGCCUCAAAAACGCCUUAAAGAAUUUAAUCAGAAGCGACUCAGAGAAACACCCCUAAUCAACCAGAGACAGCCGGGGACCUGGGAGGAGUGACGUCCAAUGUGGAACCAAGACGGGUCAAGUCAACCAUCUUGUUCCUUGUCCAUUCUCUAAUCGGCAGCCUU